AUGUUGGGAAGCAUUGCCGUGCUCCUGAACAACAUCCUCGGGCCCGGCAUUGCCAACUUCUCGGGCCUUUAUCAGCAAACAGGCUGGUUGCCACCCAGCUUUACCAUCCUGAUUUGCGUGAUCUCUAGCAUGGUCAGUGGAGAUAUGCUUUUGGCAGCAAUGAGAGCGUAUCCUGAAAAUUCAGAAUUUGGGGUGAGAGUUGAAUACGGAACCCUUUGUCGUCACUACUUCAGCCGCAAGACCGCCCUUUUGUUCCAGUGCCUAUUCCAGCUUGCAAUGCUUUGUGCGAACAUCAGCAACAUUAUUCAAACUGCCCAGGUCCUGGACUAUUUUGUGGCAGAUCUCAACCACGGCAAGUCAUGUGCAGUGAUGUUCUAUCCCAACGUUGAAGCGUUUUGCCACACCUCCUCGACAGAUGUUACUCCGUUUGGAACUGACAAGAUUGUGCUUUCGCUGGGAAUGGGCAUUGUGGCCCUACUCAGCAUACCACUGGGCUACUACAAUCUGGAGGAUAACGUUGUUGUUCAGAAUGUCGCCAUGGUGGUGAUCUUGCUCUCGACCUUUGCUUGGUUCAGUAUUUUUGCCUCAUUGGGUCUGGACAGGGAGCGAGUGCCUCUCAUAGGAUACAUGCUGGUGGGCAUCCUUGGGGGUAUGGCCUUCAAGCCUUACUACAUGACUGACAACACCCUGCUAUCUGAGCUCAACCAUAUCUCUGCAGAGGCGGCUUUGGUCAGCGUGCAAGCAUAUGCCAUCUCUGCCAACUUAGCAUCCAUUCCGAUCUUUUCGAUUCUCAUGCGAUACAACCUGAUCGAGAGCCACGUGUGCGGCCCCAAGGCUGCAGGGGCGGUCUCUGUGCUUCUGCCCUUUGGUGUCUCCGUGCUUCUUUACACCGGUGAAGGCUUCAAGGACAUCGUUGACUUCUCGGGGACAUUCACCUCAGCUCUCGUCAACUUGAUGGUUCCAAGCCUCCUUUUCCUUGCUGCGUGCCUUGGCACCUGGUAG